AGACACACAGACAGACACGCCAAAAACAAUACCUCCAUUUUUCAUGGAGGUAAUUAAUGCUGUAGUCAGGAAUUAUGAAGUUUGCAUUAUGAUGACAAUCCUUUCAUAACUAUAUACAACUUUGGUCUGAGAACUUCAUUUGUACUGUUAGUUGUUCUUCACUUAUAGGAGUGACCAGCCGUACAAGAUGUGGUUCCUCCAUGUGUUUGUGGUGACCGCAGUUCUCCAGUGGUCAGUAGUGACCGGGGAAGGCCAGACUGACCAGUUCACCCUGUCACUGUGCAGGGUUUGGGAGGAGUGUUUGGAGACAGCUAAGGGCAGUGACUUGGAGCAUGCUGAACUGGGAACUCCUGAGGCGAUCUGUGGUGACUUUGUGGAAAUGUUAAAGAAGCAUCGCGUGGAUUGUGGCACUUUGACUACAUGUACCAAGCACAGCCCAGAAGGGACAUGUACAGCCCGAGUUAAACAGGUGAAGUCAUCAGUAGAGCCUGAGUCGGGUGAUGAGGAACAGCAACAAGCAUCUCACCCAAAACCUGGCAAUGAAGAAGAGGCACGGAAAAAAGAACUAGGCAACAAGCAACACCUUCCACACAGAAAACCGGCCAAUGCUGACAGCCAAGAGACCUAUUUUGAGGACUGCUCAGGCAUUUAUACUGCGGAGGAAAUGUUUGAUGAAAUAGCUAGUGGGGUGUUUUCUAUCAAACCUGCCCAUGUUAACGACCCGAUCUCUGUAUACUGUGAUCAGACCACAGAAGGGGGAGGGUGGACGGUCAUACAGAAGAGGUUUGACGGGUCUCUCGAGUUUUUCCGUCAGUUGGGUGCUUACCGAGAUGGGUUUGGGCAACCUAGUGGUGAGCAUUGGUUAGGGUUAGGCAACAUCUACCGUAUCACGGCCCAGAACACGUAUGAGUUGUACAUAGAGCUUGCAGGCUGGGAUGGGAAUGUGAAGUUUGCUCGAUACUCCAGCUUCUCAGUUGGUCCGGGUAAUGAUUACAUCCUGAGUGUGGAUGGGUACAGUGGGACGUCGACAGCAGGGGAUGGGUUCUAUCUGACAGGUUCAUAUACCAACAAUGGUAUGAAGUUCAGCGCCCGUCUUCAUGACCAAGACACUUGGUCCUCAGGUUCAAGGGCAGAAUACUACGGUCCUGGCUGGUGGUACGGUCUCAACAGCUACAGUAACCUGAACGGUCCGUACUUCCGAGACACUGACGGGUUCAACUCCAACAAUGGUUAUGGUGUCUACUGGUUUCCUUUUAGUGAAAUAUAUGGCCCUCCCUUCAUGUAUUCUCUGAAGAAGACCAAAAUGAUGAUCCGCCCCACCGACUUCAGCACCAGGGUGGCAAACAUGAGGCAAGGGAAGAAAUAAAAUCCCAAAAGACCUAAAUUUCUGCACCAGUACCACCAGCCACUCAUCAGAAAAUUUCAUCUUCACAUACAAAACACAAUUGUUAUUCUGUAAGGUUAGUGCAGUUUUUACAGUUCAAGCCCUAUGUUACCACAGCCCUUAUAAUGUUACGACAGCCAUAAUGUUAUGACAGCCCUAUGUCAUGUAACGCAGGAGCAGGGAAUAGAAACUCAGAAAAACUCGGAUGUUGAUUCACGGGCAGGGAUCGAACCCGCGCCGCUCACGCGGUGUGCCACUUGACGCUCCCAACAAUCCGUCCAGAACCAGCGUUGCAGACCGCUACCCAGUCAGUGACGCCUCACAUGAAGCCUACAUACAAUUCCCACUAUUUACAUAUUUACACUAUUUACACUCGGUGUUACAGUUACGACGCACAUAUGUUAGAACACACCUAUGUUACGAUGCACCUAUGUUACGACACACCUAUGGCUAUAUUCCCGACAAAAUGAUUAUUGGUGAAUGCAAUGGAAAGGCAUUGUAUAUUUGUUUAAUCGAAGAAACAAUUAUACAAGAACAAAUUGGUACAUUUAACAUAGAUCUGUACCAAUAAAGUAACAGUACACAUAUACAACAUUUUGUGAAAAAAAACCUUUUCUUUAUGCCUUGUUGACAAUUGAAAGAGCUCAAGAUUUAGCCUAAAAAUCUCGAGCUUUUUUGUCAAAUCUUGGGGUCUUUGGAGGAAAACUUGAGAUAUUUCAUAAAAUUUUAACAUAAGAUGCUGUAUAAAGACCUCAAGAUGCUUUACAAUAAACCACUACAAAAUCUUAAAAACUAAUUGUCCAUAAUUUUUUUCAUUUCGGAAUUUUUCCCAAAAAAAUCUCGGAUUUCUUGAAAAAAAGACGAGACAUGGUUCUAUGGUCGAAGCAGAUGAAGAAAGUGAUCAUUAUCGAGCUUACAGUCCCAUGGGAGGAAAGAGUAGAAGAGGUACAUGAGAGGAGGUAAACAUUAAGGUUAACCCGCCAAAGUGUUGAUUUCAAACUCAUGUUUUAUCUUACAUAAUAUGUUGUUUUGUACAAGAGAUCCUUCGGGAGUGUUCAGGUAAACCCGCCACAAAGUGUUGAUUUCAAACUUAUGUUUUAUCUUACAUAAUAUGUUGUUUUGUACAAGAGAUCCUUCGGGAGUGUUCAGGUUAACCCGCCAAAGUGUUGAUUUCAAACUCAUGUUUUAUCUUACAUAAUAUGUUGUUUUGUACAAGAGAUCCUUCGGGAGUGUUCAGGUUAACCCGCCAAAGUGUUGAUUUCAAACUCAUGUUUUAUCUUACAUAAUAUGUUGUUUUGUACAAGAGAUCCUUCGGGAGUGUUAAGGUAAACCCGCCAAAG